GUGACCUGGCUCCGCCGUCGGAACGGACAGCGACAACUUGAAAAGGAAAAUUUGCAUGGGCACUUGAGGUUAUGGAUGUUCAAUGACCAUUGCAAGCAAGUCUGAAUUCAUAUCACAUGCGAUUUGAGAAUGUCACUUAAAACCCUGCUUUUUCAAUCACAUACGAUGGUACUCGGCUGGUCCGCUAUCCAACAACUGUUUCCGCCUCACUCCUUUUCUACCAUGCCAAAUUUGACAUACUCCAAGCUCCUGCUCAUUUUUCUGCUCGAAUGGCCGCUAUUCGCAUCAUCGGCUCCAACUUCUCCAGCGGGCCCAAGCUCCAGUUCCUCACAAACUGUUGAUUCUUGGUUUCGUCAACACUUUAUCGUUGAUUCGACCUGUAAUACUCAGCAUGGAGAAAUCGAGAAAGGGUUUUCGGACAUUUUUGUACUGGCAGAGGUGGUCCAACAUAUAUCAGAAGAUUCUGUUCCAUAUCAACACUACUUCCUUAGUCGUAAAGAGGAUCCUCAUGAGUUGGACAUCGUUCAAAACAUGGCCAAGUCCAUCCUAGUGAAUGGGAAUUCGAAUAAGAAGAUAACUAUCAAGUGUCCGAUCACCAGUAUAGGCGGAGUAGCGACAACUACUUGCAGAGAGACGGAUUCUCCUGAGAUAUCACUCUCUUCACUCUAUUUCAAAUUCCCCACCUUCUCUUCGAAACCAUUUACCAAGGAAGGAUGGUGCACACCUCCUCCACAUAAACUGGUUCAAUUUAUUCCACGAGCUCAAAUUGGCUAUCAUGAGAUCACGCAUUUCGAACAUAUUGUCAAAUAUGCUCAAGAAUUAUCCGCUGUGACUGUUGAUGCUCGCGUACGGACAAACAAACGAGGAACUUUCGAUUUCAUUUUGUAUGAGACAAGUUCAGGAACACCUCUCACCGGUUCGCAGUCUGUUCAGAUAUUGCCAAAACAAUGGAAGGACUAUUUAUCUGGAAACAUCCCAAAGCCCAAUUACUAUCCUGACGAAGUUGCGCAAAGUCAUGCGCUUGCUGCAGUCGAGACUUUUUUCUAUCAAAAGUGCCAACCGUAUGGAUGGGAUCCAAAUCAAGUAUUCGUACCAGGAACAAAGGAUCUUCAGUCAGACCCGAAGCAUGAUUAUCAUGCAAAGAAAACCAAUUCAGGAUAAAAUUGUAAUCACAGGUUGAGAACAAGGGUUAGGAUAGGUUAGGAUAGCUAGACUCAAACCAGUCUCUGCUGUGAUGCAUUGGUUUUGGCUAGGCAGUGCUUAUUUACAGUAUUUCUCAUAUGUGCUUUCAACCUUCCAUUGCACUUGUGAUUCUUUGGAACAUGUCCUGUUUAUUGUGUACAAACCUCUUGAACAGUUGCGGUUUCAAAAACUUUUUUUUCCUGACCCAUCGCA